GCGGCAGCCCUCCAGUGCUCUAAGUCCGCUCAAAUACUCAUUUCCUGCGUCAGACGGCAUAACUCUCCGGUCUACCGUGGAGUGUAGAAUGUUAAAGCCGGCACUAUCCGGAAAAAUCGAGAAGGCAUUAUCAGGAUCGUCAUUGUAUAGAGAGAUCGGCGUUUCCGGUGGAUCCGUUACAAUGAUGGACAGCGGCGGUGACGGUAGCAGCAGGCUCACGUUCGACGAUGUGCGCGAAUUAAUUGCCGAGGACGAGCCCGACGUGGAAAUUGAUAGCUUAGACGAGGAAGAGCCAGGAUCGGGAAGAGGCGACAAUUACACCUCGAUGUUGUAUCGGGUGCGGGCGAAGGGGCGCAAGCUGUUGAAAGACGAGGAAUGGAUCGGUUACGAGUGCGCCAUCAUCUACAAGAUUCUGCCGGAGUCGAAGAAACGUCGCGAGGCGUUCAAGAGCGAAUUGCUGUUCAGAAAUGAGGUCACGUUCUACAAGCACGUGUGGCCCGCGCUGAACCGGCUGCAGUCGAACGGCAAGAGGGUGUUCAGCGGGGUGCCCAAGAUAUACGCCGCUAGAGCCAAUCUUAUCGCCAUGGAGGACCUGCGAGAGCGAGGCUUUCAGAUGGCAGAUAGACGGAAAGGGCUCGAGGUGGAAAACUUGAAGCAUGUGCUGCAGACUCUAGCGGGCUUCCACGCGCUUAGCUUGACGCUGAAGGAGUUCAGGCCAGAGGAGUUCGCAAAAUUAACGAAUCCGGAACAUGAUCAAGGUAUACAAGAAACGCUAUUCCGACGAGAUAACGAGGAUUGGUAUCGACAGUAUUAUCGCGUGGCCACAAACAACGCUAUUAGAAUGGUGUCCGAGGCGCUUCCCUCGCACAUAGAACACAGGAGGGAAGAGAUAAUGACGAAGCUCCGAGCUUUCCUGAAUGAGAAUGUAUUUUUCCGCACCAUGAGCGAGCUCGUUUCCACGGAGGGGCCUCUAACUGUAUUUUGCCACGGCGAUUGUUGGACCAACAAUAUCCUCUUUCAGGACGAACCAAGCUCAGAUACUGAGGCCGUUUAUCUAGUCGACUUUCAACUGACGCGGGUCGGUUCCCUCGCUCUUGAUCUUGCGAACUUGCUCUACUGCUGCACGAGUGGCGUUGUUAGGCGGGCUUACAUGACACAGCUUCUCCAGCACUACCAUUCCCAUCUGAUGUCGUCCUUGCGUGUCCUCAAUCCGGAACAGCCAUCGAAAGAUCCAUCUGUCAUGUGGAAAUUACUGAAUGAAGAGAUGCGAAGAUGCGGACGAUUCGGAUUGGGACUGGCGUUGGACAUUCUACCGAUUAGCACGUGCACCAGCGACGAGGCACCAAACUUGUACGAAGCGAGCAGCACGGAAACCGGCGAGGAGAAGCACAGCGCGCUGGGAGCACCGCCGCUGAGCGCCGGAGGCGCCGAGUGCGCCCGACUCAUGACUGACUUAGUAUUGGAAUUGAUAGACAACGAGGCUUUGUAGAUCAGAUAUCGCAUUAUUCCAGAAUGGUGUAUGUAUGUUAAUAAUAUGUAUAACUAGUGAUGGGAUUUCAAGACUCUUACUUGCAAAUUCCUAUGCAAGUCAAGAAUGACCGAAGAUCAAAAGUGUCAAAACAUCUUGCAAGACUGUUGUGACUGUGAAAAAGUCUUGAAAGUCUUGAAUGUGUUAAAUAUUUUGAAUAAUAUAACGAAUAACAUACACGCAUAUGCAUAUACAGAUGUAUUAUAGGCAUUCAAGACUUUUCAAGAUUUUCAAGUCUUUUUCAAGACUGUCAAUCAUAAAAGUCUUGCAAGAUGUUUCGAGACAAUUUGAAUCCCAUCACUAUGUAUAACACGUCAUAUUAUUUUUGUAACUCAUCAUCGAGAAAAGAGUGGGAUAGCACACUUGUUCUGCAACAGAUUUCUUCGCGUACAUAUGUGUAUAUAAGCGAUGUACGAAGAAAAAUAAUUUCUCCCCGCGUGAUAUUUAAUGUAUGUCUCUAAUAGAAAUGAAAAAUAUGAA